AUGGCCACCACCUCGCUCCUUGAUACACAGUGGAUAUGGCACCCGCAUUGGGUAGACCAUGCCCAAGAUUCGGCGGGCGCUUUUGUCCACUUUCGCAAGCACUUUUCGCUCCAACAAUCUCCCGGCGAGCCCAUCCGCCUCCAGAUCACAGCAGAUACCAAGUACCGACUCUAUGUAAAUAGGCAUUUAGUACAUACUGGCCCCGUUAAGGGAGACGAGCAUAUCUGGUUUUACGACGAAACUGAUAUCCAACCCUUCCUCCAGUCAGGAGAAAAUACUAUUGCUAUUCACGUCCUUCGGCUUUACCAUGGGACGCAAUAUGCGACGAGCUUCCCCAGAAUGGCUUUCCCAGGACUGUUUGUGCGCAUGUCUGAUGGAAUUGGUCCUGAGGGGCUCCGCCUUGAGAGCGACGACACUUGGCUCACUGCCCUCGACUUAUCACGCAAGCUUCGAAUCGACCAGAACGAGGACGAUUUUCUUCAUAUCUAUGAAGUUGUAAACAACGAUUCAAAUAAUCACCUCGAGUGGGUUGCGGCUCGUUGCUUGAAUCUUCCCAAAUCCCACGGCAUUGGUCCCCCUUGGAUGCUUUCACCUCGCAUGGUCCCCUGGCCCAAGAUUACGAGAGUCCGCAUCAAGGAUGUACAAAAGAUUCAGAGCUCCUUGCCUGCAGAAGCAUGGAAGGGCCUUUUUAUGCGAUCAGAUGGUGGACCAGGACUUGUUCUACCUGCCGGAAGUUCGCACCAUAUUGAGCUCCAGGCCGACCAUCACCUCACGGCAUACCUUCGUUUCUACUUCCAGCGCCCUCGAGCGGCGGGCUCCAGGCUAUCCAUCAGGUAUUCCGAGUGCUACGAGGAUACACCCGCUUCUGUGCCCUAUCUACGUUGUAAGGGUGAUCGAUGUGACCAGACAAAGCAGCUCUUGGGGCCCGAAGACAUAUACUUCUUUUCUGGUGAAUCUGGCGCUGAUGCUGCGGUGGCCCUGCAGUAUACAAAGGACCCCACGUCUGAGGAGGUGUUCUCACCUUUUCAUUUUCGCACAUUUCGUUUCAUAACAUUGAGCAUUCAAGUCAGCCCCGACAGUGAGCUUGUCAUGACGGGCCUCGAUGUGGAUAUGACCCAUUACCCCUUGGAAGUCACUGGAGCGGUCAAUGGCACAGAUCCCAUCUAUACAAAACUAUGGGACACCAGCAUCCGCACUCUCACCAAUUGUAUGCAUGACUGCUACGAAGACUGUCCCUUCUAUGAGCAGCUCCAGUAUGCCAUGGAUGUGAGAAGCUCGUGCAUCUUCACCUACGCAGCAUCCGGAGACGAUCGCAUGGCGCGCCAGGCUAUCAUACAGCUACAUAGCUCGUACCGGGCUGACUUGGGCCUGAUAGCGAGUCGCAGCCCGGCAUCGCAGUUACAGAUCAUCCCCCACUUCUCGCUCUUUUGGAUCUUGACGGUCCUGGAUCAUUUCGAGUACUUUGGCGAUGUCUCUUUCACGCGCCAGUUCUUGCCCGUGGCAGACGGUAUCCUCGAGGCCUUCAAUAGAAGGAUCAAUGUUGACCUGGGCCUGGUGUCCUCAGAGACACCCUUCUGGGACUUCGUCGACUGGACGAAUGAGUGGAGGCCUAUGGGUAUUCCUCCCGCUGCCAGCUCAUCAGGAUAUCAGACCUUCACAAACAUGCUGUUUGCUCAUACCAUGCAGAGGUUGUCAGAGUUUCUAGUGCCGAUCGGGAGGCCUGGUCUCGCAGGUGAGUUGAAAGCUCGGGCAGAAUCGAUCCUGACCGCCGUCCGACAACAUUGCCGCGUGGGCGAUAUCUUUACAGAUGGAUUGGCAUCUGUGGCGAAUUAUAGUGAGGACUUCAGCCAACACAUCCAGAUCUGGGCAGUCUUGUCUGGCGCCGUAUCAGGAGAUACCGCGCGUGAUUUGCUGAAGUCAUGUCUUCCUGUGCUCCAGGGCCAAGGCUCCAUCAAGUUCACGCAGCCGUCUCAAGCCAUGUCCUUCUACCUGUUCCGAGCACUCUCCGCAGUGGAGGGCUCCUUGUACGAUGACGCCUUUCACGAUAUGUGGCAGCCGUGGAGAGACCAGCUCUCCCAAAACCUAACCACAUGGUGCGAGGAUGAUGUGACCCGACGAUCCGACUGCCAUGCAUGGAGCUGCGCUCCCCUGUACGAGCUUGUAGCCGAAGUGGCUGGAGUCAAACCGGCCGAGCCCGGAUCUACGUCGCUGUUAUUCAAACCGAGGACAAGGCUCUUCCCACACUUUGAGGGUCGAGUUCCCCUGACCGGCAUCUUGGCUCCAGGUACGGCUCACGUGCGCUGGAGCCUUGAGGGUGGAAAUGCGAUCGCUGUCUCGUUAACUCUCGAGACCAAGAUGGCACCAGACGGAGUGCCCAUCCAUGUCAUGUUCCCCGAUGGUCAUGAAGAAGUCCAUGUCGGGUUGAGCUUGGAAUUCAAAUUUUGA